UUUAAUUGUACCUGUUUUCAGUGAUGAAGAAAUAAAGAUUCACAAGAUCAAGAUUUUUCAGAAAAGCUGAGUUAAAGAAGGCUUUUUUUCUUUUUGACAGUUUGGUUACCAUGUGGGUCAAAUGCAUACAGAAAGGAAGGACAAAGAGUUUUGAUUAUUUACCAGUUGUCAAGAAGAUGUGAAUUGCUUCCCUGUCUUCCUAAGGUCUUGUCAGCUGUAAUGAAGAUCAUUGUGAAACAGAAGAUUGAAUAAAGCCUGUAACAUUGAACCUGGAUUAGAGAUUUAGAAAAGAAAGUUAAAAUUAGUCACUUGGGUUUUAGUGUUGCCAAUUUUAUAGUAUGUAUUCUUUAUUUUAAGUAGUUGUAGGGAGUGGACAUUAAAAUUUAGCGCUUUACCAAAGGAUACACUAGUAUUUGUCCUGGCGUUUUUUUUUUUUUUUUUUUUUUUUCUUUUUGUAUGAGAGAAGAAAGUUGGUAACCAAAAGCUGUAGUGAUUCAUAAUGAAAUAUACUAAACGCAAUUUUAUGAUGUCAGUUCUUGGCAUUAUAAUCUAUAUAACUGACUUAAUUGUGGACAUAUGGGUAUCUGUCAAGUUUUUCCAUGAAGGACAAUACGUUUUUGGCAUAUUAGCCUUAAGCUUUAUGCUUUUUGGAACACUUGUGGUCCAGUGUUUUAGUUAUUCUUGGUUCAAGGCUGAUUUAAAGAAAGCAGGCCAAGAAAGUCAGCAUUGUUUUCUUCUACUUCAUUGUUUACAAGGAGGAAUUUUUACAAGGUAUUGGUUUGCUUUGAAAAAAGGCUACAGUGUAGCUUUCAAAUAUAGCAGCAAAAGUAAUAACUUCAUAGAAGAACAAUUUGAUCAACAUAAAGAAGUUAUAGAUAGAAUGACUGAUUUGAGCAUGCUCAGGCUAUUUGAGACCUACCUGGAAGGCUGCCCACAACUUAUUCUUCAGCUCUACGUUCUUCUAGAGCGUGGUCAAGCGAAUUUCAGUCAGUAUUCUGCCAUCGUGGUCUCUUGCUGUGCUAUUUCUUGGUCAACUGUUGAUUAUCAAAUAUCUUUAAGAAAAUCCUUGCCUGAUAAAAAUCUGCUUAAUGGAUUCUGUCCCAAAGUCACAUAUCUCUUUUACAAGUUGUUUACGUUAUUAUCUUGGAUGCUGAGUAUUGUACUGCUACUAUUUUUAAAUAUUAAUGUUGCUUUAUUUCUUUUGUUAUUACUUUGGAUUUUAGGUAUAAUAUGGGCAUUUAAAAAUCAAACUCAGUUUUGUACUUCUGUAAGUAUGGAGUUCUUAUAUCGGAUUGUUGUUGGAUUCCUUCUUAUCUUUACAUUUUUUAAUAUUAAGGGACAUAAUACCAGAUGUCCAAUGUCGUCUUAUUAUGUUGUAAGGGUACUAGCCACGUUGGGGAUACUAAUUGUGUUCUGGGUUUUCCCUUUGUCCUUUUUUAGUGCAGAUUAUUUUAUACCUAUCAGUAUCACUAUAGUUCUGACUCUUCUCUUAGGAAUUCUUUUUCUGAUUGUUUAUUAUGGGGCUUUUCACCCAAACAGAAGUAAGGAAACAAAAUGUGAUGAAAUUGAUGGCAAAUCAGUUCAAAGAGAUUGUAGAAUGAGGCAUUUCCUAAUGGAAUAAGCUGUUCAUUUAUGAGAUAUAAUUUCUGAAGUUUUAUUUCAUUGGUUAGUAAAGAAAAUGUGUGUUA